AUGUUGAGAAGAACGACAAUCAAGCAAGUGAUUUCCAGUCCCGAUGAUGAUGAGAGCCCAAAGACGUUACUAAAACAUGGGGGAAGUGGCAAAAGAAGAGGUAAAAGAAGAAGGGUUGUCGUUGUCGCGAUGUUUACGUUAAGGCUUGUUAAAAGAUCCUUUUCACCGGCAAGAUUGUUGAGGCGUCUUGGAGAUAGAGUCGCGAGGGCUUUACGGUUGGUGUCGAUUAGAAGGAAGUCUUUGCGUAAAGUUUCUUCUUCAAAUCUUCCCAGGUCACGGUCAUUGGCCGAAUCCAUCGACUCCCAUCGUGCUGAAGCCAUAGAAGAUUGCAUCGAGUUCUUGAAUUCUUCUUCGUCUUUGUCAAGAUCGAACUCAGUUUCCACAUGUUCUUGCUAG